AGAAUCAUUCUCCAAUUCUGUUUCCUCCAUUGCCCAUUUCUUCUGGAAGAUUGAAUUUUCGCGUUUGAACGAAAUAAAUCCUGAAGAAUUUUCUCUUUUUCUUUUUCUGGGCUUCUUUUUAUGUUUCUUUUUUUCCCCUUUUAUUGUAGUGGAGAAUGGAUGAGAAAUUCAGAGAGAGCCAGUUUUCAUCUGGGUUUUUGGUAAAAAGAAUGGAUAGAAGAAGAAGAAAAGGAAUUAUUUUGAGAGUUGAGGAAGCUUUGGAGUUGCUCAACGAUGUUGUAAAGGAGAAGCCUUUUCUUCCAUUUGUGAUUCCUUUGGUUUUGGUUGCUUGGGGCAUUGAGAAGUGGAUUUUCUCUUUCUCCAAUUGGGUUCCUGUUAUUGUUGCUGUUUGGGCAACUGUUCAGUAUGGGAGUUAUCAACGUCGAAUACUUGUCGAAGAAUUGACUACGAAAUGGAAGCGGCUAGUAAUGAACACCUCGCCCAUAACACCAUUAGAGCAUUGCGAGUGGCUGAACCGGCUAGUGACAGAAAUAUGGCCGAACUACAUUGGUCCAAAGCUCUCAACAAGGUUCUCAUCCCUUAUUGAGAAACGUCUAAAGCACAGGAAAUCAAGACUUAUAGAAAAAAUAGAGCUGCUGGAAUUUUCACUAGGUUCAUGCCCACCUGGCUUAGGUCUGCAGGGGACUCGUUGGUUGACUUCAUUUGAUCAGCGAAUCAUGCGUUUGGGAUUUGAUUGGGACACAAAUGAUAUGAGUAUUUUGUUGCUCGCUAAGCUGGCCAAACCAUUUCUUGGGACUGCACGGAUUGUUAUAAAUAGUCUACAUCUUAAGGGUGAUCUUCUGUUGAUGCCCGUUCUUAAUGGAAAAGCGGUACUCUACUCGUUUGUAUCGGCUCCUGAAGUGAGAAUAGGAGUUGCCUUCGGAAGCGGUGGGAGCCAAUCAUUACCUGCCACAGAGCUGCCUGGUGUUUCUUCUUUUCUGGUUAAAAUUUUCACUGACACCUUGGUCAAGACAAUGGUUGAACCCCGCCGGCGUUGCUUCUCUUUGCCAGCAGUGGACUUACAGAAAAGGGCUGUUGGUGGUAUUAUAUAUGUGACAGUCAUUUCAGCAAGUAAACUUUUUAAAAGUAACUUGAGAGGAAGUCCAUCCAGAAGGAAUGAGAAUCCUUCUGAUCGAAGUUCAGAAGAGCACUUGGUUGAUCACGAUUUGCAAACAUUUGUUGAGGUUGAACUUGCAGAGUUGACUAGAACAACCAAUGUGAGAACGGGGUCAUCUCCUAAAUGGGAUUCUACAUUUAAUAUGGUUUUACACGACGAAACAGGAAUUCUUCGAUUCAAUCUUUACGAGUCUACCCCAAGCAAUGUGAAAUAUGACUACUUGGCAAGCUGCGAAAUUAAGCUGAAGUAUGUGAAAGAUGACUCUACAAUGUUUUGGGCAAUAGGACCGGACUCCACUGUGAUAGCCAAGCAGGCUGACUUUUGUGGAAAGGAGGUUGAAAUGGUUGUUCCAUUUGAGGGGGUCAGUUCUGGGGAGUUGACAGUUAAGCUCGUCUUAAAAGAAUGGCAAUUUGCUGAUGGUUCACAUAGCUUGAAUAACUUCCGCCUUAGUACUCAACAAUCAUUAUAUGGAUCGUCAAAUUUUCUCUCAAGAACUGGAAGGAAAAUAAACAUAACUGUAAUGGAAGGAAAGGAUCUUAAUAUGAGAGAUAAAUCUGGGAAGUGUGGUCCAUACGUCCGAUUGCAGUAUGGAAAGGCCACUCAGAGAACGAGAACGGCGCGUGCUUUAAAUCCUGCCUGGAAUCAGAAGUUUGCAUUUGAUGAAAUUGGAGGGGGUGAAUACUUAAAGAUAAAAUGUUUUAGUGAAGAAACCUUUGGUGAUGAUAACAUUGGUAGUGCGCGAGUAAACUUAGAAGGACUCAUAGAGGGGACAGUCAGGGAUGUGUGGAUCCCUCUUGAAAAAGUCAAUUCGGGUGAACUAAGGCUUCAAAUAGAAGCAGUUAGAGUUGAAGACUCUGAAGGAGCAAGGGGUUCAGCGAUGGCCUCAGCAAAUGGAUGGAUUGAGCUUGUUCUCAUUGAAGCAAGAGAUCUUAUUGCAGCCGAUCUUAGAGGGACAAGUGAUCCAUAUGUUAGGGUUCAUUAUGGGAGCUUGAAGAGAAGAACGAAGAUUAUGUUUAAAACUUUGAAUCCAAAGUGGAAUCAAACUCUAGAGUUUCCAGAUGAUGGAAGUCCCCUAAUGUUGCAUGUCAAAGACCACAAUGCUGUACUCCCCACAGCAAGUAUAGGUGACUGUGUCGUCGAAUAUCAGAGAUUGCCUCCGAACGAGAUGUCUGAUAAGUGGAUACCCCUGCAAGGGGUGAGAAGGGGGGAAAUUCAUAUUCAAAUUACAAGAAAGAUUCCAGAACUACUAAAGAGGACCAGUUUGGAUUCUGAACCAUCCUUAACAAAAGCACACGAAACAUCUAGCCAGAUGAAACAGAUGAUGAUCAAGUUCCAGUCUCUCAUCGAAGAUGGCAAUCUCGAAGGAAUUUCGACAUUGUUGAGUGAAUUACAAAGCCUUGAGGACGUGCAAGAAGAUUACAUGGUUCAGCUUGAGACCGAGCAAACGCUUCUUCUAAACAAGAUAAAUGAACUUGGUCAGGAAAUUCUCAACUCAUCUCCUUCCCUAAGCAGAAGAUCAUCGGGAAGUCAAAACUAAUUCCUUCAUGCUAUUUGUAUCCUUCAGGGAUAUUUUCGCAUUCACAGUUAACCUCUAAAGAUAUAGUUCAUAUACAUAGUUUUCCUACUACAUAGUCCUUGAGCUAAUCUUGUAGCCAAGAAAAAGAAGUCCUUAAGUUAAUGUCAUGUUUUUGCUGCAUAUUUGUACACGGAUGCUUGUUUAAAUUCUUUUCUUUUUUUUUUUU